GGCGAGUAGUACCCUCCUCAUUUCUUCUUCUCUGGGCUCCGAACCCCUCAAGGCGCUCUCGCCAAUUCCUCCCCCAUUCUCCGGGCUCCGAACAGCCACUGCUCAACUUUUUCCAUACAGGAUUUCAUAUUUUUUAGCAAGUGGAGUUUACUUGAAGGUUGAGAUGAGCAUAAAAAUUGAGGAAGCAUCUCACAAUAUGCAGAGCACUACAAUGGCUCCAACAACAAGUGCUGCAAAGAUCUCCAUCUUUGCCAACAAAUCUGGGUUUGUGAUACCAAAGAACAAGUUGUCAGGUUCUAUGGUUCCUGUCCUUCGAGGAGGUAAAAAGGAGGGUAGUGAGUCAGUAAAUGAAGAAAGCAUUAAACAGGUGCGGAGGAAAACUAAGUGGGGCCCUGAUCUGACACAAGAUACAACUGUUAGGAAAGGAAGAGCCUUAGCAUAUCAGACUCGUGUUGAUCAAAUAGCACAACAGCUGAGUUCAGGACCUAUGGACUGGGAAGAGAACCAAGACACAUUAACAGCCUCUAGUAUUCCGCAUUAUAAACUUAAUGCUGAGAAAAUAAAAUCAUUGGAACUUGAAAAGCGAGAAGCCAUUGGUGAAGUUCUAAAACUAAAUCCUAACUAUAAGCCACCUGCUGGCUACAAACCUAUCCAGAAAGAAGGAAAAGUUCCUAUCCCUAUCAAAGAGCAUCCUGGGUACAAUUUCAUUGGCUUGAUCUUUGGACAUGUGAGCGACACUCAUAAACGACUGGAAAAGGAAACUGGAGCUAAAGUAAAAGUUUAUGGUAUUAAAGCAGAUACAGGACAAAAGGUCGAAGUUACCUCUGCUGAUGGAAAUGAAUCAUGCAGUUCAUACCAGGAGAUGUAUGUUCAAGUGUUGGCUGAUACAUAUGAGAAGGUUGAUGCUGCAGUGUCUUUAAUUGAACUGCUGGUCAACCCAGUUUCAGUAAAGGCAGGUUCUACAUCAAUGACUAGUUCUAGUAAUGGCAUGGCUGCUACUGAUAACCCAGGAGUGGUUCAACCAAUUGCAGGGUCUGGGCUUGCUCCAGCACAUGGCCAUUUCCAACAAUAUCCAUGGUUUCCUAGAAGUGCAUCUCAGAAUACAAUUGCUACACUACCGGGAUCAAUGUCCUCUACGGAUCCUCCAGCUGCUGUAGUUGGCAACCCAAUCCAAGUAUCUUCACUGUCAAACCCCUCAAGUGCACCCUCACUAUUUGGCCCACCAGGUAUGGUAGCUGGGCUUGGUUCGGUUCCUCAAAAUCCUUCACUUGUAUCUUCAAGACCGAAUACACCUCUAGUUUCUCAGCAGCCAUACAUGCCUCUCACUCCACUUGGACAAAUUGGUGCUCCUAGAAAUCCUCUGAUCACUGCUUCUGAAUCUACAGCUUUUCAUCAGAAUAUGGUAGUUCCUCCUCAAAUAUCUGUUAACCAAUCCAUGGCAACAGGGACCUCACAAGUUUUCAGACCGCCUAUCUCUAACCAAUCACUGCCUUCUGCUGGGGGCCAUACUGGAUGGUCAGGAUGGAACUCUCCAGUGGCUCAAGGUACAAACAUGAUGCCAAUGACUCCACCGAUAGCUGCCGCACAAGGAAGUCAUCCAUUGGUCUCAAAUCCCAGGGGUAUUUCUGUUGCAGCACCAGUAGGCUUUCCACAUGGUAAUCCUUCUGGUUCUGCACCAGCUGGUAUAGUUAAUCAGCAGUCAGCUAAUUCUCUUUUACAAUCUCAAAUGCGGCACCCUCUUCCACAACACCCACCAUCUGGUCAUCCUAACUCAACACUUCCACCGCAACCUGCAAUCCCAAACUCUGUUACUGGAAGGCCUUCGAACUUUGAUGCCAUGAAUCCCCUUCCUAUAGGUGCUCCAAGACCACAGCAAUCUGGUUCCAGUGAUUUUAUAUUCCAGCCUCACAGGCCAAAUUCUGCCUCUCAAGUUAUUCCAAGGCCGGUUAGUCGUUUUGAUCCUCCGAAUAUUCCAUUACAGAACCAAUUAAUUCAGCCAGGUCAUGCACCUCAGACCCCAUCUAUUAGACCAGAAAUGCUCAACUUGAACCCCUCACAUGCAAUGCCGAGUUUCGCUGAACUCCAAGUGAACAACAGAAUGAUUCAGCGGCAACCUAUACCGGUCAACUUUGCUGGAGGUCCUGCUGGCCCUCCACCUCCAAUUAGGCCUAUGCCAUUUCCAAAUUCAGGUAGUCCAUCUUUUGCUCACAUGCAUCCCAGGAACUUCAAUCCAGUGGCUCCACCGGUGAACUCUGGUAGUUAUCCUCCUAGAACAGGAAAUCUGAUGUUUCACCAGAAUAAUCCAGCAAUGAUGACUCAUCCACCAAACUUUCCAACUUCGAACAAUGAAUUUCGACCCAGUAAGCCAGGCCCUGGCCCUUUUGGAGUGCAGCAAACAUAUGAUCCCUUUUCACCAACAUCUCUCUCUUAAGCAGCCUCCCAGUGGUAGUGCAAAAGGCACCAAAAACUGGAGUUAUCUUGAGUGCAUGAACUCAGUUGCCCAACCAAAUCAAGUGAGCUUUUCUAGACAGUUGUAAUUUUUUCAGAUGCACUUGGGAACUACUAAUAGGACUAAGCUGAAGAAGGCAUGACACUGCUGUGUUGGCAAUUCUCAAAUGUUUACAGUUCAUGAACUGCUUCCUUAACAUAGAUAAGCAAGUAGGUACUUUCUGCUCUAAUAGUUGAUUGUACUAUUUCUUCCCUCCCUAUCAAAGGAAAAAAAAAGUAAAAAAAAAAGAUUCCUUUAGUUUAGUUAUUUGAAUUUGAACUAGGAGUACAUUAUACAGUUGAAAUGGUUGAGCAAAAGUUUAAUCAGCUGAUCAAACUCCAAAGUGUUGUCAAGUUAUCAAUUUGUGAUUGUUCAAUGCUUU